AUGAGUAUUGACAGGAGGAAAGCCACCAUUUUUGGUGCAGCAGCCGCUGUUCGUGUUCUCCUUUUCACAGCCUUUCCAGGACUCCCGGAUCUGCUCACUGCGCGCGUCGAGGUAUCUACGCCGGUAACCAGCUUCAAGAGAUUACAGGAGGGUCUUUUUCUCUAUAACCACAAUGUCUCCCCAUACGAUGGCGGGGUUUACCACCAAGCUCCGAUACUCCUCCCCCUAUUCUCUCUCCUACCGAGCUCAGCAGAAUACCCCGCCUUCACAUACCUCCUCUACAUACUAGUUGAUCUCUUGAGCGCAAAUGCCUUGAUGAAGAUUGCCGAAUCGGGAGAGGCCGGAUCUUCAAAAUUAUACACUUCACCCCGAAAGGACAAGAAAUGGAGUAGCUAUGCAAUCGCGGCAGCUUUCCUGUUCAAUCCCUUCACAAUAGCAACCUGUGUCGGCCGCCCAACCAGCGUCUUCACCACUUGCGCCAUAAUCCUUGCCAUCUCCAAAGCCGUAAUUGGAUCCUCGUACGCCUCCAUGUUCGCCCUCUCCAUCGCCUCCUACCUCUCCAUGUACCCUAUUCUUCUCUUCCCACCGCUCGCUCUCCUCUGCUAUGACCGGCGGCCCAAAAGCCCCCAACCCACAUCCAUCUAUACCUCCGUUCUCCAGAACAUUUUAGCCGUCGGUGGAUUCAUACCCUUUUUACUAUACAUGUCAUCCCUGAUCACCGGCUCGUGGGAGUUCUUGGAAAGUACAUAUGGGGUCCAGUUGCUGCUUCCGGAUCUGACACCGAAUGUGGGAUUGUGGUGGUAUUUCUUCAUUGAGAUGUUCGAUUCCUUCCGCUCGUUCUUCCUAGGUGUCUUCUGGAUCCACCUCUCAUCCUACGUCUUCGGCCUCACGAUUCGAGUACGGCGGCAACCACUCAUCGUACUAACCGUCCUACUUGGUAUCUUUGCUAUCUUCAAACCCUAUCCCUCUAUUUCCGACACGUCGCUCUUCAUUGCCUUGCUCCCGCUGUACAGACAUGUUUUCCCGCUUAUGCGGUAUAGUUUCUUGGCGUCGAGCACGAUCUUGUAUGCAACUUUACUUGGACCUGCGUUUUACUAUCUGUGGAUAUAUGCCGGGAGUGGGAAUGCCAAUUUCUUUUACGCGAUUACCCUAGUUUGGAGUCUGGGACUUAGUCUGUUGGUUGCGGAUAUUUUGUUUGCGGUCCUGAGGGAUGAGCUUGAGGUUGAGAGGCCAGAGAUGAAGGGGAAGGAAAUACGGCAAAUAUAA